AUGAGCAGCAUGGACCGCGCAAGACAACGCAAGAUGGUGCGCACUGGAGCAGCAGCGCUCCUCGCUACGGUCACUGGCGCCCUGGUCAUCUCGGCCGCCAGUGUCUAUGACAAGGCCGACAUGAUCGAUCUCCUGAGCGUGCGGGGCUCUUAUGGCGCCGCUGAGAACAUCGUGAACAAGCCCAAGCAGCCCACGUACACUGUCAAGGUCGGCGACAUUGGCAAGUGGGCGCACCCCGAUGACACGCCCGCCCUCGGCUUCUUCGACAAGGACGGCGGUUACCACCUGCAGCAGUCUGACGGAGCCUACAAGACGAAGGACCCCCGUUGGUGGUCUUUCUACAAGGGCUUUGACAUUGACUCGGCCGUCCUCGACCGCGACGUCACCUACUACAAGAACCCCGCCAAUCCCAAGGACACAAACGGUGACACGACCUGGCGCUGUAACAACAGUCCCACGGGCAAGCACUCGACUUACUCGAACCGCCCGAACACGACGUACUCGCAGGCCAACUACUGCGACCUGAUCGGCCUUUGGGUCGACCCCGACUCUGGCGACUGGUACGGCCUGAUCCACAAUGAGUUCAGCCCCCAACCGUAUGGCGACUGGCUGCACUUCGACGCCAUCGAUCUCGCCGUGUCCUCGGACGGUGGCCGUACGUGGGACAUCCGCGAGACUAUCAUCUCGUCGCCCUUCGAGACCGAGCGCGACAACGAGGAGGCAUUCCCCGAGUCGACUUACUUCUGGGGCACGGGUGACCCGCGUCUUAUCGUCGACAUCUCCUCGGGCUACUUCUACCUCGGAUACGGUUCUCGCGUCGUUGACAAGAACGGCACCUGGCACGCCUUCCACCACCACUAUGCCCGUGCCCCCAUUGCCGACAAGAUGAAGGCCGGCUCCUGGAGGAAGUGGUACCAGGGCAAGUGGGAGCAGCCCGGCCUCAAGGGCCGCGAGAGCCCCAUCUUCCCCGUCGACGAGACCAACCCCGACGGCUACUCCCACAUCGACUACGACCCCAAGACACCCGGUUUCGCCGAGGACCAGAUCAAGGCGGGCAAGCUUGCGCCCACCACGCCCCUGUUCUGGAUGGACGUGGGAUGGAACGCGCACCUCGGUCUUUGGGUCGGCGAGCCGACGCACCCCGACCGUGCGAACACGAAGGAGAACCACCCGCAGCAGUUCUACGCCACGGACGACCUGACGACCCAGCGCUGGCGCCUCAUCGGCGACACGGGGGAGAACUACAAGACCCGCUCGGCCUACCGCUGGAUGGUCGAUGCCAAGACGGCCACUCUCGGCAACGUCCUCGGCAAGACGUUCCGCGCCUACUGCUCUUUCUACUGCUCGCAGAGCAACUCGGAGUUUGUCAACAUCGCCAUCGACACCGACACGCCGUACGAGCCCGUCGACAAGGAUGCCGAGUACACUGUCUCGUCCGCGGCUGUCGACAUUGGCAUCCUCGGCAAGGACAAGGUCAAGUUCACCCCUACCGGCGACGGCGCGUACACUGUCGAGACCAAGGAGGGCAUCCUCGGCAUCGACGAGACGGAGCAGGCGCGUGCCUGGGCGCAGCAGCCCCGUGCCUUUGACAAGUCCGAGGCCGACAAGGCCGGCAAGCAGUGGUGGAUCAUCCCCUCGCGCUCCCACGAGGACAACAAGGAGACCGGCACGGUGCGCCUCGUCAACCGCUGGUCUGGCCUCGUGUACUCGGGCAAGGACGGCCUCGUUCCCGCCCGCUCCUGGGAGCACGGCGACCUCAAGCCUGAGGCGCAGGAGCUCACCCUGAAGAAGGCUUAG